AUGCCCUUCCAAACCACCCAACCGUCCGAUCUCUCCCCCUUCUUCCCAUCUCUACAACCCUCUCCGGAUCCCGCCUCCUCCGCAACCCAACCCUCCCCAGACCCCCCUCCCGCGCUCACCAAGCCGUCCGUUCCGCCCGGCUCCAGUGCAACCCAGCCGGGGGGGGCAUCAGACUCGACAAUUGCUCUACCCUCUGAUCCUUCCAAAUCAGAUCCAAACCACUCUGGCGGUGAUCCAUCCAGGUCGGAUCCAGGCCUGUCCAGUGAUCCCACGGAGCUAGCAACGCCUAUUCCCACGCGAGGUGGCGGGCUAGGGGGACUGCUGCAGCUCAGCGACCCCUCCGCUCCCCUUCCUCCUCCACCAUCACCAUCACCAUCACCAUCGCUGUCACCAUCACCGCCCUUCCCCUCCUCCCCCCUUCUCCCGUCUCCGUCCGCUCCCAAGCAGCCCUCUCGUGGGUCUUCUUCAACCCAAACCCAGCCGCCCCCUGCCCUCUAUCCGCCACCAGGACCGCCCGUUUCUAACAGCAGCAGAAACAGCAGCAGUAGCAGCAGCAACAGCGGCACACCGUUUCUAUAUCCUCCAUCACAACCCUCCUCCUUUCCUCCCCCUGCCCCUGUCGACCCACUCACCUCCGCCACCCCCUCUGCCGCCUUCUCCACGCCUCUCUUCAUCGGUCUCCUAGUGGGUGCCUCGCUGCUGCUCUCCGCCCUCCUCCUCAUGCUCUACUGCUUCGUGGGCGACAGACAGGACAGGCCAGGGCCCAGGCGCGCCUGGCUAUGGAGGCCCGCGCCUCACACACACGCCUCUGCUGGUCCGGGUAGUGCCAAUGCUGCGCCCGGAUCAGCUGGUGCUUCUGGUGCGGGUUCGUCUGGGGGUGGUGAUACAGCUGCUCCCUCUGCUGGUGGGAAUGCAGCUGCGGAUGGUGGGGUGGGAAGUGAUGGAAAUUCCAGCUUGUCGUCUGAAUCGCUGUCCAGUCAAGAGCAUUGUGACCCUGAGGCUGGCGGGGGAGAGAUGGCGGAGGAAGGGGAGGGGGGGAAGCAGAAGCGGAAAGGGAAGAGGUGGAGGAUUGUUCGGAUUGGGAAAACAGGUUCGGGAGGUGGAGGAAGGGAGUUAGACUCGCGGGUCGGAAGCAUGGCGAUGACGUCGGGAUUCGGGUUGCAGUCGCUGCUGAAAGAAGGGCACAAGCACCUGACGGGGUUAGAGGAGGCGGUGCUGAAGAACAUCGAAGCGUGCAAGCAGCUGUCGCACAUCACGCGCACGUCGCUGGGCCCCAAUGGCAUGAACAAGAUGAUCAUCAACCACCUCGACAAGCUGUUCGUGACGAGCGACGCGGCGACGAUAGUUGCGGAGCUGGAGGUGCAGCACCCGGCGGCAAAGCUGGUGGUGCUGGCGGCCAAGGCGCAGCAGGAGGAGGUGGGCGACGGCGCCAACACGGUGGUGUCGCUGGCGGGGGAGCUGCUGGCGGGCGCGGAGGAGCUGAUCCGGUCUGGGCUGCACCCGAGUGAAAUCAUCGCUGGAUACGCCAAGGCGACGGACAAGGUGUUGGAGGAGCUAGAGACGCUGGUGGCGGAGGGCAGUGACAAGGUGGACGUGCGCAGCAAGGCGGAGGUGGAGAAGCGCCUCGUGGCGGCCGUGGCCAGCAAGCAGUUCGGCAGCGAGCCCGUGCUGUGCCCUCUCAUUGCUGACGCGUGCAUGCAGGUGUGUCCCAGCAACCCCAACAACUUCAACGUGGACAAUGUGCGAGUGGCCAAGAUACUGGGAGGCGGGCUGCACGAUUCCAAGGUGGUGCGAGGCAUGGUGCUCAAAACGGACGCCACGGGCACCAUCAAGCACACCACCAAGGCCAAGAUUGCGGUGUUUGGGACGGGCAUCGACACGCAAGCCACGGAGACCAAGGGCACGGUGCUCAUUGAAAACGCAGAGCAGUUGGAGAACUACGCCAAGUCGGAGGAAGCACGGGUGGAGCAGGCGAUAAGGGAGGUGGCGGAGUCAGGGGCGACGGUGGUGGUGAGCGGACAGACGGUGGGCGAGAUGGCUCUGCACUUCUGCGAGCGAUACAAGCUCAUGGUGCUCAAGAUCUCCUCCAAGUUUGAGCUCCGGCGGUUCUGCCGCACCACUGGUGCGGUCUCACUGGUGAAGCUACAGAAGCCAACAGCAGACGAGCUGGGCUUUGCGGACUCUGUUUCUGUGCAGGAGAUAGGCGGCAGCACGGUGGUGGUGGUGGAGAACGAGUCGGGAGGCAACCUGGUGGCGACGGUGGUGCUGAGGGGCAGCACGGACAGCAUUCUGGACGAUGUGGAGCGGGCAGUGGAUGAUGGCAUCAACACGUACAAGGCACUGUGCCGUGACAGCCGGGUGCUGCCUGGGGGAGGGGCGACUGAGAUUGAGUUGGCCAGACGCCUUAAGCAGUUUGCACGGACACAAGUGGGUCUGGACCAAUAUGCAAUUGACAAGUACAGCGAGGCUCUAGAAGUCAUUCCGCGCACGCUGGCUGAGAAUGCAGGCAUGGACGUCACUGAGAUUCUCUCCGCGCUUUACGCCGCCCACUCCGGUGGGCCGGAUGGCACGGGCGGCAAUUUCCGUGUGGGAGUGGAUGUCACUGGUGCGGGUGUGAGGGACCUCACAACUGACAACAUUUGGGAUCUCUUUGCCACGAAGUAUUGGGCCAUCCGAUUUGCUGCAGACGCAGUGACUACGGUUCUUCGAGUGGACCAG